UAAUGUCCAAAUGUCUCCUUGCCUACCCGAAACGUGCAGACUUUAGUUAUACAUCUGGCUUACGCAUUUAUAUGCUCUGAUGCAUCUCCUUAACCCUCCACACCUUUUCACACCACUUCCAACUACCCCUUCUUUGAUUUACAUUUACAGGGAAAAUUAUGAACCAGAGACAACCAAUAAGGCCUCAAGCAGCCGACCAGGCUGUCGACUACGGCGAUGUUUUCGGUGUCACCGGUGCUACGCCUUCAUCUCCAACUCCAACGGGUGCGGGUGAUCAAAGUGGCAUCACCAUUGGAGAAGCUUUGGAGGCAACAGCUAUCUCUGUUGGCGACAAACCGGUUGACCGAGGUGAUGCAGCUGCAAUACGAGCAGCUGAGGCCAGAGCUGCUGGUGGUAACGUCACUCAACGUAGCGGCCUUGGCGCCAAAGCUCAAGCUGCUGUCAAUUUCAAUGACCGUGUGGCUUAUGAUUACAAUAAAAUCACUAUAUCAGAUGUUUUGUCGGAUGCUAGUGCGAAGCUGCCUCACGAUAAAGCCGUGACAAGCGAAGAUGCUGAUGGCGUGAGAGGUGCGGAGCUGAGUAACAAUACUGAAGCAAUGCCCACACCAGGAGGAGUGGCGGAUACCAUGGCCACAGCUGCUAGGGUAAAUCGGGAUGAUAAGCCAUGAACAACUUCAUUUCUGUAGCCAAUGUUAUGGUUUUAGUAAAGCAGUUUUAUGGUAGAAAUUAAAUCUUCGUGCUUUGUUGCAUAUAUAAUGGAUGAUCCGUGGCUGGCCAUUUACGAAUAAAAAAAUGUAAUCAAUAAAUUGCGGUUACUAACAGCAGUAAAUUAGUAUGUUGACCAUGGGAGCAAAACAACAAUUAGGGUCUGUUUGAUUGUCAGUAAAAUAUUUUCCGUAAAAUGAUUUCAGGAAAAUGUUUUACUUUUCUGUAAAAUGAUUUACCAGAAAAUAUUUUCUGGUGUUUGAUUGAAUCUGUGUAAAAUAUUUUCGGUUGUUUGGCAGAUUUCUUGGAAAUAUUUUCGAAAAAAUUGUUUUUACAUAUAUUGAUAUGUAUUAAUAAAUUUUUAUAUUUUAAAUUAUUUUUACAUAUAUUGCAAUGAUUUAUUUAUAAUAAUACUCAAUUAUUAAGCUACAAUAUCAUUAUAAAUUGAAAAAAAUUAAUAUCAAAUAAAUUAUUUGUAAUUGUGUUAAAAAAUAAGUAUUGAAUAAUUAAAAAAACAAGUUACUGGAAAAUCGAUAAACAGAAGCAAUUUUCUACCGGAAAUGAAGGAAGGAAUGAAGGAGGCGAUAGAGAGGAGAGCACGGAAAAUGUCUUACGGAAAUUGAAAGGGUAAGACAUUUUCCCUAAAAUGUAACCCAUUUUCUCUUGUUUUGGAGUUUAUUUUCCAAAUAGAAAAUGUUUUCCGUCAAUCAAACGCUGGAAAAGUUGGAAAUAAUUUUUCGGAAAAUCAUUUCCUUCAAUCAAACAGACCCUUAGUUUUGUUGUAGUAGCUUGAAUUCCAUGUAUAGUUUCCAACUUUCCAUACUACAUACCCCACCUUUCUCAGUUGCUAGCACUUUGGCCUGAGUAAGUUAAGCAAGACGGUCGAUUGCUUGAAAUUUAUUUUGCUCUAUAUAUUCAGAUCUCUGAAUUAAUAAACUGAGAUUUACAUAGUUGUACAA